AUGUGGAGGUACCCUUACUGGCUCUUCUUACCAUGCGUGUGCUUCUCGUUAGUAGGACACAGUCUGCAAGUAUCAUUCUAUGGCCAGAGUUAUGUCCAUGUGCCAUUGCAAGAGUCUUCAAGCAGUACAACAAUCAAACUGCGAUUUAAAACCCACCGUCCUCAUGGCUUGCUGUUGUUGGCUGCAGGCUUACCUGACUACUGUGUACUGGAACUCAAAUCUGGCAUUGUACAUGUUCACUUUGAUCUGGGCUCUGGAAGCGCAAGUCUUCAUUCGCAGCCAAACCAACGCCUUGAUGACCACCAUUGGCAUGACAUCCAGUUUAUACGAAGAAACAACACCGCUACUCUCACCAUUGACAAAUCUUCCAAUACAUCUGUACAAGCCACAGGAAAUUUCCUAAGUCUAAACAUUAAUCAAGGUAUCUUUCUUGGGGGUACAGGGUCUUAUCAACAUGUUCCCAUUACAAUCCGCAACUUCCGUGGAUGCAUGGAAAAAGUAUUCUAUAACAAAAUAAACAUCGUACAGAAGGCGCGGCGCUUGAAAGAUCCUCUCAAUGUAUUUGAAAUUUCCUGGUCAUGUGACCGUGAAUUUGAUGCUGACACGGACCAACCUAUCACUUUGCUCUCAGAUUCUUCCUUUGUUGCUUUCCCUCAUUUACGUAUACGGCAGAAAGGAGAGAUCACAUUUGACUUCCGGACCAGGACCCAGACUGGUUUGUUACUCUUUAAUGAAGGUCGGCCACUCAGCCCUGAUUUUGUCGCUUUGGAGAUCAUCAACUCCAAAAUCAAACUCUCCCUUAAUAAAGGAAAUGGUAUCAUAGAACUAUUCUCAGACACAGAAGUAACUGAUGGCAAGUGGCAUUCGGUUAUCUUGCGCAUCCGUCAAGAGACAGUGAUUCUGAGAGUAGAUGGGCAAGAAAAUUCAACUCACUCCAAUUUAGGAAACCAAAAAUUCAUUAAUUUAGGUGGUCAUUUAUUUAUUGGUGGUCUUCGACUCAAAACCAGAAUUCAUGCUAUUAAAAGAGGUCUUCUAUCACUUAAAGAUGUCAACAGUGCUGGUUCUAUCCAAGGUUGCUUCCGUGAUAUCUUCAUUGAUUCACGUCAGUUUGGUUUCCGUGACAUACAAAUCAGUCGUGAAAUUGAUCCUUCUUGUUUAUGGCAAUAUCCGUGUGCAUCAAAUCCCUGUGUUGAGGAUGCUGAAUGUGAAGAAAUUGGCUUUGAUAACUUUGAGUGCACCUGUCCAUCAGACAACUGCUUAAAGCCUGUUGUGACCAGCCCCAGCCCUAAUAUAAAUGACAAAUUUAAUUUUGUGGCAAUUCAGAAAUUAGUGGUAGAAGAAGAAACAGAAAAAACUAUCACUUCCAGCAAUAUUGAUAUUAAAUUUGAUUACCAGAAAUAUAACAUCCGGGAAUCUGCUAUUUUAUUCACUAUACUUAUUCCUCCGAGACAUGGUACCAUUGAAAAUCUUUCAUCAAAGGAGAGACGUUCAACAUUCACCCAACGUGACCUUCUUGAAGAUAAUGUAGCUUACAAUCAUGAUGGUACCGAUACUUUAUCUGAUGAUAUAACUGUUGAAGUGCAAGUAAUUGGCAAUAGCUUUCACCUUGUGCCAGAAUUGAAACAAAAAUAUAGAUUCAUCCUUCCUAUUCAGAUUGUUCCAAAAAAUGAUCCUCCAAUAUUAAGAUUGCCACCAAAUGGAGAAAUACAAGUGGUUCAAAAUUCUAAAAUCCAGAUCCUUAACACAAUGCUUACAACUGAUGAUCCUGACACAGAUGAUGAAAACUUGAUCUAUCAUGUUGAAUACCAGUCCGGAUCUAAAUGCUUUUUUGAAAAGUCAGAUAAUCCAAAUGUACAAAUAGAAUCAUUUUCUCAACAUGACAUCAAUACUAGAAAGAUUUGGCUUGUUCAGCGUGGUUCAUCCAUGACAUUUAUUCGCAUGUAUGUAACUGAUGAAAGUUCAAAGUCAAGGGUUGCCGACCUGCUCAUUCGAGCAGAAAAACUCCGACUCUCCAUCAUUGCUAAUACUGGCAUCUAUUUGCCUAUUGGGUCUCAUUGUCUUAUCACAUCCAAAAAUUUGUCUACCAUUACAAAUGUGCCAAGGCAGAAUCUAGAGAUUCGCUACCAAAUUAUCAAGGGCCCAGAAUAUGGUAAAAUCCAACGCCGCAAGCAUGAGAACAAUGCAUGGGUACCUGUCACCACGUUUGCCCAGCGUCACAUUGAUACAGGACACAUCCGUUACUUUAACAAAGCUUUUAAUUCCACUCCAAAAGCAGACUUUUUCAAAUUUACAGUAACCUCUCAGAAUGCACAGACCAAUACUAAGACUUUCAUAAUAAAAUUUGUAGAUGUUCAGGUAAAUGUUAUAACUAAUAAAAAGCUCAUUUUAAGGUACACCAUGUCAAAAAUCAUUUCAACCAAAUAUCUUGAUGUAAGCCUGAACACACAGAGAAUUCCUCCUCGUGAAAUCUUUUUUACGUUACUCCGACCACCAAGUUUUGGUAAUCUCUAUAGAGCAAAGCCUGAUACAUCAACAUCUGUGCUGAAAAAACUGACUCCUCUUCAGAGAGAAGGAUCAUUCACACUAGCUGAGUUACGUGGAAAUAUGAUUCAUUACAACCUGAAACGCCAGUCGUACAGUGGGCUGAAUGACUUCAUAGAUAUGCGCUUAUCUGUUAAAGGAGUUCUCCCUCGUCGGCUUAGAUUUCACGUAGAAUACAUACCCAAUGAGACUGAUGUGCGUUAUAUUAAUAAUGGUCUGGAAGGUGUCAUCGAAGGAAAAAUGAAAGCUAUAACUCGUGCAGACUUGUAUAUUGAAACAGACAAGCACAGAGAGUUUCAGUAUAUUGUUUUCAAAACUCCGCAACAUGGAAAGUUGUGUCUCAUUGAUCCACAUUCAAAAGGAAUCCUUAAUUCAAAUAUUGAAAGUUUCACCAACAGAGAGAUACGAGAAGAACAACUUGUAUAUCAGCAUGAUAACUCUGAACAUGAUACUGAUUCCUUCACAUUUAGUGCUACUCCAAUAAUUAUAGGCACCAAAGGCACCCAGGAAGAACUUUCUGAUUUCUCAGGACAUUUUGAUAUCAAAAUUCUGAUGAGCAAUGACAAUGCUCCACGUCGUUUGAUUGAUAAGCCAUUCCAUAUUACAUUAAAUGGGGAACGGGCACUCAGCAUCAAUGAUUUAGCUUUUAAUGACCCUGAUAUCGAUUUUGACAACAGUCAACUGCAGUAUACACUUACUGAUGUAUCUGAUCGAUUACUCCUUAGUGCUUCAGAUCGUAGCUAUGUGUAUCAAUUCUCACAACAGGAUCUCAUUGAUAAAACUCUGUUGGUCAAGAACACUGGCAUUCCAUUAGACCAUUUCAGUUUUGUUGUUACUGAUGGUCAGUUUAAGACAAGGGCCAUUCUUGAAAUUGAGGCUUCAGGUCCUUUUGUCAAAAUUCUCAAUAACACUGGUAUUUCGGUAAUGAAUGGCAGUAGUUCAGUAAUUACAUCUUCCAAUUUGAGUGUUGAGACCAAUGUAAAUGUCAAAGACAAAGAGAUUAUAUUUUUGACAGUUGUUGGCCCCUUCUAUGGUCAGCUGAUGAUCAAUGAUCAAACGGUAAAGUCUUUUACUCUGGAAGACAUAUACAACAAUGUUGUGAAAUAUGUGCAUAAUGGCACAAGCAAGCUUGAUGACUAUUUUCGAUUUGCUGUUGAGGCCGGUCCCUCCGAAACUCAAGGGUUAUUUUCAAUCCUCCUGUUUCUGGAGAGCCAGCGUCACCCACCCCAUGUUGUUCACAACAAGAUUGUUGUGAUCAAUGAAGGUAAAAGUGUGGUUAUCACCAAUUCCUAUCUGCAUAUCAGCCACCCAGAUUCAUUCCCAGCUGAUAUUGUCUAUCACGUAAUCUCUCCUCCCAAAUAUGGUUUCCUUUCUAUUGCUGGCACAGCAUAUACGGACCAAAAUAACAUUACCUUCACUCAAGAUGAUAUCAAUGAAGGUAAACUAAAAUAUGUGCAUCAGGAAAUUCAGAAGAAUGUUGAAACCAAUACAGAUGGCUUUGUGUUUGAUGUCACAAAUGGAUUCCAAAAGCUGCACAGUCUUGAGUUUGUUAUAGAUAUUCUACCCAAGGUGUUACCCCUGCAGUUAUCAAAUGUCUCCGUGGCUGAGGGCCAGCGUCAACUGCUCAGUGAUGAAAAUAUCCGCAUCCGUGGUAAACAUUUUGAGGACAAGCUGGUGGUGUACACUAUCACAGAGCAGCCCGAGUUUGGUUGGCUGGAGUCCAUCACAAACAAAGGAAAACCUAUCACGGAGUUUACUUCACAGGAACUUCAAGAUGAACUUAUCUAUUAUGUACAUGAUGAUAGUGAAACAUCACAUGAUCAUUUAUUCAUAGCAGGGGAAUUGAAAAAUGAUGGACGCAAAAGCCAUGUGAAGAAACUCUACAUCAAGGUAGACCCAGUUAAUGACCAGUUACCUCGUGUAACUAUAAACAAAGGUAUGCAGGUAUGGAAUCAGUCAGUCACUCUGUUGACUGGAGAAUAUCUGAAAGCCACUGAUCCUGACUCUGACGAAGAAGAUCUCAUCUUUCUGAUCACAGAACCAAAUAAUGGCUACCUAGCAAUGCUUAAUAACACCUCCAAAGAAUUAGCUUCAUUUACACAGGAUAUGGUCAGCCAGAAUUUAAUAGCAUUUGUACACACAGGUGGUCCAAACAGUAGCUUUCAUUUUAAAGUCUCUGAUGGUUCUAAUUUUGAUGUAGAACGUGUUUUUAAAAUUACUGCUCAACCCUUGUUAUUGACCCUGGAUGUGAACAAAGAACUAGAAGUCUACCCAAACACAAUGCAAGUUCUCACCAGUGAAAACCUUUAUGCAAAUACAAAUAAUCCAAAUCAGACAAAUUCAAUCAAGUAUUUGUUGGUUACAUACCCAAUUUAUGGCCAGAUAGUCUCCGAGAUGAACGAACAACUUAUUGAAGUUUGGCAUUUCACACAAGAUGAUAUUAAUAAUGGCCGAAUUUUCUAUCGACACAAUUUACAAGUAAAUGGUUGGUCACAACAUGAUUUCUUUAAGUUUCGGGUGGAAACCCUCUAUGCCCAGCACAUUGAAGCAACCCUCAACAUAAGCAUUUCAUUUGGGAAUCUAAACAAGGAAAACAAGAAACAUUUGAUUAACCUUUCACCUCUGGAGGUUCUGGAAGGAGGGACUGCUGUAUUGACCAAAGACAACAUUAAUGUUGACAAGUAUGUUCAUCAACUGGAGAAUGUUGGAAAGCAUGUCUAUGUUGAAUAUGAGAUAUCUGAACCUCCCAGGUAUGGCAAGGUGUUGCUUGAUCGUAAUUUGUUGUUGCCUGGUGUCAAGUUCUCACAACAGGAUAUUAACAAAGAACGGUUAAUGUAUGUUCAUAAUGGCAAUGAAACUUUGCAAGAUUCUUUCCGAUUCUUGCUCAAAGUCAAAAUUCAUGAUGCUAAGAACAAGCCUUUAGACAUCAGCAGCCGUACCUUAGAGAAUGAGUUUAACAUAACAAUUUGGCCAGUUGAUGACCAACAUUUUGUGUUGGUCACUAAGAAUCCUCGCAUUCAAGUCAUCCAAGGCCUAACAGCCAAUAUUACACGCAAGGAUCUUGAAACAACAGACCCAGACAUACCUCCAGAGAACAUCACUUAUACUAUGAUAACCCCUCCCAGAAAUGGGAUAUUAUGUUUUCAUAACAACUAUUUUACUGCAAUCAAAAAGUUCACACAGCGUGACAUCAACACUGGAAGAGUGCUAUUCCUACAUGACGGUAGUAAGAAUACUGGUACUUUUUACUUCAAGGUCAGCGAUGGCAAGUUUGAGCCAUUCUUCAAAGAAUUUCAUAUUUAUGUGACGCCUGUGAUCAUCAACAUUGUUAAGUACUCGGAUAUUGAAGUUCUGCAGUCACAGUCAGCUGCUUAUAUUAGUACCAACAACUUCAAGAUCCGCACCAACGGAAUUGCUGAGAAUGUACGCUACAAUAUAACCCGGGCACCUCAAUAUGGCCACCUUUAUCUGAAAGAUGUCAUAGUAACACAAUUCUCUCAGACAGAUCUUGAAAACCGUCUCUUGCUCUAUAUUCAAACAAACAUGGCUUCAGGCUCUGAUUAUUUCCUAGUUCGUAUGUACUUUCCGCAAAUCGACAGUCGUGUCUAUGAUGCCCGUUUCAAUAUCACUGUACGUCCACUUCUGAAGCAACAUCCUUUUAAUGCAGUUGCUGGAGCCCGUAACUCAAUUGACACUUCUGUUCUAGAUGCUAGUGAAUUGGCUGACGUAACAAAUGAUAACCCUCAAUUCAACAUCAUUGACCCACCACUUUAUGGUCAAUUGGUGAAACGCUCACCUAUUAGAAGGCGUGAAAUCCGAAGGCGAACUGUAAUCAAAAGCUUUACUCAUGAAGAUGUUGCCAGAGGAGACAUCUUCUAUGAAGCAGAUUGGUCUAGUCACAAUCACACAGUGACUGAUUCCUUCUCUUUCAAACUGGUGGCCAUGAAUGUCCAGCCAGCACGAGGCAAUUUUGAGAUCCGUAUCCAUCCACAUGGUUCCAAAUACAGAUCCAAGUCUACUACUUAUUUCCAUGAACCAUUGUUUCCCCGAUCGACAUCUGCGUCUGCUGCCAUUAAGCCAGAUGAUGGCACAGGCACUCAAGAAGAUAUUCCAAAUAUCAGCAGUGACCUUCUCAUUGUUGGCAUUGUGGUCUCGUUUAUCUUGAUAAUUAUCAUCAUUGUUCUCAUUAUUUUCAUUCUGUUAAGGAAGAGAAAGCAGAAAUCGCCAACAGAAAAUGUCCGUAGCGCGCGCACCCGGCCUCGUCCGCAGAUCAGCGGCCCGGUUCACUUAGAGCAGCCCCACGUUCAUAUUGAACCCCAGCAGCAGAGCACAGCUAACAGCCCUGUGUCUGAUGAGGAUGCUGCCCUCAUGCUGGAACACGCAUCCACAAGUGGUAUUAACACUAUUCCGGUUAUUAAUAUUAACAGUUCUACCGCUGGCGACAGUGGCGCUAGUAGCACUGUUACAACAGCCACAACAGCUGAUGUAAUCACUUCAAUGACCAUUGCUACAACAGAAGAUAGAUUGCCCUCUACGAGUGGCAGCGAUAGGCAACCACAGCCAUCUUCCUCAUCAAUAGGCUCCCACCCUAGCAUAAUAACCCCACAUGAGCGAGCUGCAAUGCAGACACCGGUUCCCCGAUCUCCUGAUAUUUCACGGGUGGAAGUCAGUUCGACUGUGCCAUCAUGUAAAGUGACUCCCCUGUUGCGCAAGGAAAACCCCUCACCACCUGAUGCGCAGUCUCCAGAUGGUAGCAUCAAAUCUGGUGCCGGUGCAGAUUUCUUUAACUUUGACUGGACACUGUUAGAUCCUGAACUCUUGCAGCAUUGCCGAACAACAAACCCAGUCUUACGAGACAACCAGUAUUGGGUAUAA